AUGCUUAAACCGAAGAAAGCGAGGGAUGACUCUUAUUUAAGAUGUAAUGUUAAACUGAAAAUUCUAAGAACAAGAAUGGUUAAAGCAGUUGCUAAGUGUAGCACACAAAUCCUAGAGGAUUGCAGUGACUCUGAAAGCGAAAAAAAACAAGAAAUUUCAGAAGAUGAGGUUAACAUAAGCGAUCAGGAAACUAUAUACAGUGAACAUGAUUCUGUGUCCGAAAUAGAGCAAAGUGACGACUCCUCCGCAAGUGAAUCUGAAGAGGAAACAAUGAAAAAUUAUUUCUACGGUAAAAACAGAUACAAAUGGAGCAAGACACCUCCACAUCCGUCUCGUAUUCGACAGCACAACAUCUACGAAGAGCGCGCUGGUUUGAAAGGACCUGCUCUUAGUAAAAACGAAAUGUCACCAGUAGAAACUUGGGAACUUUUGAUUACCGACGACAUUACCCAAGCUAUAGUGUAG